UGACACAUCUUUGCUUUGUGUUGGUGUCAGUGUGCACCCAGCAGUCAGCAUUCCAGUUAGAUUCCUAUACAUGAAGAAACAUGCACAUACACAAAUCAAGGUCCAGAGUCCAUCUGCUGUAGCCAAGAGCUGUGACAACUCCAUAGACAACAUUUCUCUCAUUUUUUUGUGUGAUCCAGAACUAACAUGUAGCAGAUCAGCGACUACCUCUGCAGGUAUAAAAACUACAACUUUUUCACUGGUUUAACAACUGCUGAGUACAUUGAUUCACUGCAGAGCUUUAAAGUACGAGACAGUGACAUAUUCCUCAUCACUUAUCUAAAAUCAGGAACUAUAUGGACUCAGCAGAUCAUCAUCUCCAUCUGUGAGUUAGAUGGAGGUCUGAAUGAAUAUCCAAACAACAUGGAGCAGAUGCCUUGGCUGGAGUACAUGAAGGGUCAUGAAGACUACUCUCUUCGACCGUCUCCACGUCUCUUCACCUCUCACCUCACCCCAGCUCUCAUGCCUCUGGGACUGAAGGACAAGAAGGCAAAGAUCAUUUAUGUGAUGCGUAAUCCAAAGGACAACAUCGUCUCCUAUUACCACUUCAGUGGUGCCUACACUGACCUGGAGACUCCGAAGAGCUUUGACCACUUUUUUGAGCAGUAUUUGACAGGCAACGUUGUAGGGUCGUCCUGGUUUGACCACAUCAGAGAGUGGCAUUCAAAGAAAGACCAGUACAACAUCCUCUUCCUGACCUAUGAGGACAUGAUCUUGGACCUGAAGGCAGCAGUAACUAAGAUCUGCAGUUUCUUAGGAAAAAACCUCAGUGAAGCAGACGUUGAGCAAGUUGUAGAAAAGGCCACAUUUAAAACAAUGAAGAAAGACACAAAAGCCAACUAUGAGUUUAUACCAAAAGACAAGAUCAGUGGAAACUUCAUGCGCAAAGGUCAGAUCGGUGACUGGAAGAACAUCUUUACUGUUGCCCAGAGUCAAAGAGUUGAUCAGCUGCUUCAGGAGAAACUCGGUGAUCUGUCUCUGACGUUCAUUUGGGAAUAAACAAAGCAGCAGCAUCAACCUUCAAAUGUUUGUUCUUUGUCCUACAAAUGUACAACU